AAAUUAUCGAGCUAGGGUUCAAUCGUUUCAUGUAGAAGUUCGAAAUUUUUGUAUUCUCUUGUUCGUUUAGGUUCCUUGAAUGGUCGAUGAAUAAAGGUGCUGUUCAGGCUUCUUUGGUCUUCUUAAACAUAUUGGGAACGCUGCAAAAGGUUUCACUUUCUUGUGGAAAUAUUUGAUUUCUGUUCGAUUUGAUACUGUCGAUUGCUCUGAAGAUUUGUACCAUUUCUACCUUGCAUUUUGAUCUGUAGAUCAAUAGUGGAAGCUAUAACCAUGUUGUCAUUGUAUUUAUGGGUUUAAGAUUCGAUCAUUUAGCAAUUUUAGAAUCUGAAAAACAGAGGAGAAGUAUAUAAUUCAACGUCCUUGUUAGUGUUAUAGUGACGCUUUGAAGAUUACUGUUAUCCUAGAGUGGUGGGUAUCAAUGGAACGAGGUUUGGGUUCAGAUUCUGUUCCUCCACCAGGGUCUUUUGAUAAAUCUAAAGUCUUAGAUGUGAGGCCUUUGCGUUGUUUAGCUCCAGUGGUCCCAUCUCCACAAGGGGUCACUGCAUUUUACCCUCCCCAAGUUCCUCCCUUUGUAUAUGCUCCCGCAUUUGGCCCAUAUCCUCCCGGGUUCACUGCAUUUUACCCAUUCUAUCCCCCUCCGGAAUAUCAAAGGCCACCUGACCAACACUCUCAGACCCCAAGUAGAGCUACUAAUCACACAGGGCCUUUUGUUUCCUCCUACCCUGUGCAAACUCCACCUGCACCAAUGCCUUCAUAUAGAACACCUCCUCCCACAUUACCGCCCAUUUUUUCAGGGUCCACUAAUGGUGAUGCAAGGUCAUCUAGGAAGAGCUCCAAAACCCAUCAAGUGGGUGUGGAGCUGCGAGAAGAAAGUGAAACCAAGGGCGAUUCUAUUAGAACAGUGACAGAAGAUGGAUGCAGUGACAACCUGAAGCAACCUGCACAGCGGCUUUUUAACUGUAAUGUUCAUAAUACUGAUGCUGAAGCCACUAGUAGUGGGGAGAGGCAGAAGGGUGAGUUAUCCAACAAAAGAGUAAAGAGCAUCCAGGAGGUCAGGUUGUCCUCAGCGGCUAGUGUUUAUACCGAAUCAGUUGGCAGUAUUGUUAUGAAAUUUGAUGCGCUCAGGCGAAGAAUUUGCCAAGUUGAAGAUACAAAAGAUCCAGUCUCUGGAGUGACCAGACGUGCCGAUUUAAAGGCUGGCACAAUUAUGAUGAAUAAUGGUCUUCGAACAAAUCUGAGGAAGAGAGUAGGAGCUGUUCCUGGUGUUGAAAUUGGAGAUAUUUUCUUUUUCAGGAUGGAGAUGUGCUUGGUAGGAUUGCAUGCUCCGAGUAUGGCUGGAAUUGACUAUACUAGUCUCAGGUUUAACGAGGAAGAAGAGCCUGUGGCCGUAAGCAUUGUUUCUUCUGGAGCAUAUGAGGAUGAUGUGGAUGAUGGGGAUGUAUUGAUUUAUAGUGGCCAGGGUGGAAAUGUAAAUAGGAAAGAUAAACAAGUUGUUGAUCAGAAGCUUGAAAGGGGCAACCUUGCUCUAGAGAAAAGCUUGCGGCGGGGUAAUGAGUUAAGAGUCAUUCGUGGCAUGAAGGAUGUAGGUAAUCCAACGGGAAAGGUCUAUAUCUAUGAUGGUUUAUAUAAAAUUCAAGAGUCAUGGACCGAAAAAGGAAAGUCGGGUUGCAAUGUUUUCAAGUACAAGUUGGUAAGACAACCUGGACAGGCUGCUGGAUUCACCAUUUGGAGAUCAAUACAAGUAUGGAAGGAAGGUAUCAUUUCCAGACGCGGGCUUAUUCUCCCGGACUUAACGUCGGGGGCUGAAAAUUUACCUGUUUCUCUUGUAAAUGAUGUUGAUGAUGAGAAAGGACCUGCUUAUUUCUCAUAUUUCCCUGGUCUCAAGCAUGCAAAGCCAGCUAGCUCACUUGAAUCCUCUUUUGGCUGCAAGUGCAAGGGUGUGUGCUCACCAGGUAAUCAUAAUUGUUCUUGCAUUAAGAAAAAUGGAGGUGAUCUCCCAUAUAUCGCCAAUAGGGUUCUCGUCAGUUGGAAAUCUGUGAUUCAUGAAUGUGGUCCUUCAUGCCCAUGUCAGCCUCACUGUUCAAACCGAGCAUCACAGACGGGUUUGAAAGUGCGACUAGAAGUGUUUAAGACCAAAGAUAGAGGUUGGGGUCUGCAGUCCUGGGAUCCAAUCCGUGCAGGCAGUUUUAUUUGUGAAUAUGCUGGAGAAGUUAUAGAAGGUGUUAAAGUAGAGGAAGAUAAUGAUGAAGUUGAAGAUAAUGAUUAUACUUUUGAUGCUACCUGCACUUAUCAGGUGCCUGCCGAUUUUAGUUACAUACCUGAGUUACUAGGUGAGGAGAAAGAUAUUGAUAUGAAAAAGGAAUAUAAAACACCUUCACCCCUCAUGAUAAAUGCAAAGAAUGUGGGGAAUGUAGCUCGCUUUAUGAACCAUAGUUGCUCUCCGAAUGUCUUUUGGCUGCCAGUCUUACAUGAACACAGCAAUGGACCGUAUCUGCAUAUUGCAUUUUAUGCAAUCAAACACAUUCGUCCAUUGACAGAGUUGGUGUAUGAUUAUGGGAUGAGUGGGGUUCACCACAGGAGGAAAAGAUGCUCAUGUGGAUCUUCAAACUGCCGAGGAUACUUUGGCUAGUGACUUAGAAAU